AGUACUCCGUGGGUAGCAAGUGUCAGCAUUAUUUCUAUAUACAAUACUUCGUACUUCGUGCUUCAUGCUCGCGAUGAAAGAGCAGUGAUAAGAAGAUGGAAAAUCUAUCACUGUUUCCUCAGGCUGCAAAAGUAGGCCUAGGAAGUAAUCUUACGGAGUACCGAGGUCCGAUUACAGUACAUACACCAAGGUCGUAGGGACAGCGGCGGGCAUGCCGGAUGGCAGUUCAGUACUGGUACCCUGUACCCAUCCGUUACUUCAUGAAGAAAUACAAAAACAAGUGGAGCUAGCGGCCUUAAGGUGGUGGAAAUGGAUGGCUGCCAUCAAGCCAGUGCCCCACGAAACUCUAGCCAGGGACCAUUCAGGCUCUAGGCCUCCGCACCAGCACAGCACUGAUCACCUCUGCCGACAUCGAGUACCACAUUUAAUAUUGGCAAGAGUGGGCUAAGUGGACAAAGUCGACAUUUUUCGCCUACGGGGGCUCUUCAGUACCGGAAAUGUCAUGGCAUGGCAUCAUGGCGGAGAACAUCGCCAUCUGGGAGAGAUCAUGGCUCUCGGUUCGAACCGAGGAUCGAGGUGCCAAGUACCCCAAUCAAUGGUAGACUCUACUCGAGUAGUGCCUACGAGUACUCGAGUACACUAUCGGGACAUGAGCAGAGUGUGAUUUAUUCAUCCUCGACCUUUACAUUCUUCCACCAAUCCACCACCGACAAAUAAGCUCACCAUUAUGGGACAUUACCGCUGCAUACCCAUCCUAACCACUUACUACUGCAGUCCAUAUAUUACAGUUUUCAGAACGCAGUAAGCUCUUACACAGUGCCCCGUACAGAGUAUCCAUACGGUAGCGGUAACAUCGGAAUUGCACAAUGGACGUCCCAUCUCUCCUUCCCAACGUGGGCAAUUCCAGUUGGUUCCUGUGUGUCCUGGCCCCGUUGCUGACAUUGUACCUCAUCUCAACAUUUCGAGCAUGGUACCGCCUUAGACAAUUCAAGGGUCCUACACUUGCCGGUCUGACGCGCGUAUGGCUGGCCCGUCGUGUAUGGGGAGGGAGGAUGCACUUGGAUUUCCAUGAAGUCAAUCAAAAAUAUGGUAAGUCUAUCAUCCAUCGCUUAACCUGGCAGCACAGUAGAAUUACUAAUAAUUGACUGGCGAUAGGUUCAUUGGCAAGAGUUGGUCCAAAUGAUCUUGUGACCUGUGAUCCGGCUGUGAUGCGCCGGAUGCUAGCAGUGAGAUCUCCAUAUCGUCGUUCCGAAUGGUAUAUUGGAGUUCGAUUCGACCCUGAUCAGGAUAGUGUUGCUUCAACUCGAGAUGAAGAGCGUCAUUUGGAGUUGAGGGCCAUUAUGGCUGCUGGUGUAAGUCAUGAGAGUAUUCAAGUUUCUCCUCUCCCAAAAUGUUGACAUAUGGCAGUACGCAGGGAAAGGCAAUAACGACUUGGAAGGCACCAUAGAUAAAAAUAUUGCAAGUUUUGUAAAUCUCAUCCGGACCAAAUAUCUAUCGACCAACACGGAAAACAAGCCCCUGGACUUUGGGAGAAAAGUACAAUAUUUCACCCUGGAUGUGAUCUCGGAUCUUGCCUAUCGAGAACCUUUUGGAUACCUCGAUGCUGAUGUUGAUUUGCACGGCUACAUUCAGGAGGUGGAAAAGGUCUUUGCUUCGGGUUUGAUGGUUACGAUUUUUCCAUGGCUGAACUGGGUUUUGAGAUUGAGUAUUCUCAAAGCUGCCCUCCCUUCAGACAAGGAUCCUCUUGGCCUGGGAAAGAUUCUUGGGUAAGAGUCGCUUACUUCUUUCUGGAUGAAUUGAUCAACUGACUUGCUCAUCAGUAUCACAAAAGAUGUUGUCGCUCAGCGUUUUGGCUCUGAGAAGAAGGUUCAGCGUGAUAUGUUGGGUUCUUUUAUCGCUCAUGGACUUACUCAGAGAGAAGCCGAAGCAGAAACGAUUUUGCAAAUGUAAGAUACUUACCUGGAUCCAUAUUUGAGGGAAUAUCUUCAUCCACCUCUCUUCCUCUCCUUCCCAUCUAUUUUCAAGAGGGACCCCCUUCAUCUCAUCAUCCCAAUUUCCAAACAUACUAACACACCCCCAGCAUGGCCGGCUCAGACACAACCGCCACCGCAAUCCGCAGCACCUUCCUCUACAUCCUCACCCACCCACACACCCUCCACAAACUCCGCCACGAAUUCACCACCGCCUCCCCACCCAUCUCCACCCCCAUCACCAACCUAGAAGCCCAAUCCCUCCCCUACCUCCAAGCCGUCNCCCUCCACAAACUCCGCCACGAAUUCACCACCGCCUCCCCACCCAUCUCCACCCCCAUCACCAACCUAGAAGCCCAAUCCCUCCCCUACCUCCAAGCCGUCAUCCGAGAAGGCCUGCGCAUCUUCCCACCCGUCGUAGGACUCAUGUCCAAAGAGCUUCCCCCGGGCGGUGACACCAUCAACGGCCUCUUCGUGCCGGGCGGGACAAAGAUCGGCUAUGGUGCGUAUGGGAUUUACCGCGACAAGGGGUUCUGGGGCGAGGACGCGGAUAUCUUCAGGCCGGAGCGGUGGCUGGAGGUGAAUGAGGAGAGGAGACGGGAGAUGGAUGGGUGUUUGCAGUUGAUUUUUAGUUUUGGGAAGUAUCAGUGUAUGGGCCAGAAUUUGGCGAUGAUGGAGUUGAAUAAGGUCUUUGUGGAGGUAUGUUGUGUUUCUUCCUCCCCCCUUUUUCCCUUUCAUGUUAACUUCUCUCGCUUUGGACGCGUGCCAAAAAUAUGUGAUUGAGUGACUAACUGAUCUUUGAUGACAGCUUCUCCGCAACUUCGACUUCAAUAUCGUGAACCCCUUGAAUCCCAUACGAUCCAUCUGUCACGGAAUCUUCUUCCAAUCCGAGUUCUGGUUGACUGCUUUCGAGAGGAAGGAGUCUGAGUCAUGAGGCAGGCGCUUACUUCUUUACUCUCCCCUUUUAUCUGUCCUGUCCCGCAAUUUAAUGGGUUGGGACGUUGCGUAUUUAUUUUACUGGUUAUCCUCACGGACAGUACCCUUAUAUUUUUUUACUUUGGAACCUCUGUUUCAGUUUUCGGGUUUGGAUAAAAGUCGAUUGUUUUUUUUUUUCGUUGGAGGAGAGGGGGUUUUUGACUGUAUGUACGUACCUUACGUACCUUGGUGUGGUGAU